CUGUCCACCCCGGUGUCUCUCUGAUUCGCCUGUUGUGUGUGUUCUACCAGGCAGAAGGUCCUUCCAUCCUCAUGCAAACCGGGGACGCUGAACAUCGCAGACCACUCCAGGUCGUAACAAGCCGCGCUAACGUAGCAAUUCGUCCAAAGGGCUUGACUCAUCCUUAAAGAAAGGCUCAAUUGGUGCUUGCUGUGAAUUUCUCUGGCGACUUCGCUGUCAGAGGUCCUUUACAUCUACAGAGAAUGCGUCACUGCAUGGAGUAGUGGCUGUACGCCAGCCGAUGACGAGGUCGAUGAUCCUGAACACGGUUGGAACAUAGUUCCAUCGCUUUUUUGAACGCAUUUAUCGACUAAAUAUAUAACGCCCAAGUAUUCCUGCAAAUUGCAUGGAGACCACCACCAUCCCCCGACCUCCCCCCCAGAGCCAUCCCGUAGCCAUUUCCUCCGCCAGUAGAGGCGUUAGUUGAGAGUUGCUUUCCUUCUUCUUCUUCUUCUUCUUCUUCUUCAUUUCUAGUUUAUAUAUACCCCUUCUAGUUUAUUCUCUUUGGAAUCCCAUUGUUCUGUCUAAAGUCACGGGCGUCGUGAAAUAUGGCGUCUUCUUCCGAUCAGCUUUCAUCUUCUAAAAGUCUAUCCCUCCGUUUCAAGCAAACCGCUUUAUGCAUUGUCCCUCCUGAGGGUCUAUGUGGCGAAAUUGACCGUCUCCGGUCUUUCUACGACCAGACGUAUGGGCGAUGGCCGCCUCAUGUCAAUCUUCUUUAUCCGUUUGUUGCUGGCGAGUCUCUCCUGGAAGCAACUGCACUCAUUGGAGCGAAGUUGAAGGCCUGGAAUGAAAACUCCGGUCCUCCUGAUAUCAGCAUACGUUUGGACAAAGCGGAUUAUAUCGCUCCAGGGAAAGGCAACCUCGUCCAUUUGGUACCACGUUCACUUGGCGAUGGAGCAACUCUGCAGCAUCUCCGAAACGUCAUUCUUGAAGCGUUGGGGCAGGAUGAUACCGCGGAAUACAAUCCCCAUCUUACCGUCGGUCAGACCAAAGCACAUAACGACCAUUCCCGAGACUCACUGCUAUCUAAAGCACAGCUACUUUCAGCGAUCGAAUGGAAAGUUGAACGGCUGGUUGUUCUCAUUCGUGAAAAUGCGAGAUGUAAAGGCUCCAAAUUCACCAGGAUGCGGGUUUGGGGUACGAUUGACCUAUCUGGGCGUGUUAUGAUUAACGAUAUCGGUAAUCCAUGUGACGAAGAAUCGUGGUAUAAUUCGGAAACGGUUUUUGGAAAAUUGAGCGGCCCUGAAGCCCUCGUUGGUGAGGAAAUGACAACGUACCAGUUUCCACUGGACAGUCACUUUUGGAGACCCUGUGCCAAAGCCGUUGAUGAAGAUGCCACCAGAGAGCCGAAUCCAGAUAUCGUCGCGAUUUCGAGCUAUAACGUUCUCGUUGAACUCCCCUAUCCGCCUCCCAGGGAAAGGUACCCUGCCUUGAUUCGCAACAUCCUUUCGCAAUCAGCUCUGGCAGAUGUUCUAGUCCUGCAAGAAGUCUGUGAUGAUUUCCUGUCUCAUUUGCUCACUCUAGAUGAGAUUCGAAACCACUAUACGUUUGCUACACAUGGGCCACCGCACCAGGAAGGAUGUGGACCCUUGCCUUUGCAGCGGAAUGUCGUAGUUCUGAGCCGCUUCAAAUUCACCUGGGAAAAUGUCACUUUCGGAGAACGUUACAAAAGUGCUAUCGUUCUUAAAGUGAAUGAUGUUGGGAAACGAAGCGAAAAUUCGGAAUUCUUACCUCUCAUCAUCGCUGCGGUUCAUCUGACAUCUGGCCUGGCUGACUCUAGAGUCUCUUCUAAAGAAUCUCAGAUACGGAGCCUCUAUAAAUUUCUGGACCAGAACUACCCAAAAAAUCCUUGCUUAAUUGCCGGAGACAUUAACAUCCCGACAUCCGCUAUCACAAUCCAAAAGGCAAUAGAUGAAAGACUGCUCUCACCCGAAAAGGCAAAAGUUCUGCCACGCCUGGAAUCACUACUCUCUGAAUAUCGAUUCCAGGACGCAUGGGUCAUUGCUCGUGCUGGAGCCAAGGAUCUUCUGUCUGCAAAAGUCCGGAUCCAAAGACCCAUCGAAGAUAUAUCUGAGGGUGAGGAAGGGGCAACGUUUGACCCAAAACAGAAUCCACUUGCUGCCGCUUCAGCAGGUUUCGAGGGUCGUCCACAGCGCUACGAUAGGAUCCUUACGGACAGACAUGGGAAUCUUAGGGUUACUGAGUUUAAUAUGUUCGGUUUUCCUGACGAAGAUAUGGAUAUCCCUUACCAUUGCAGCAUUGAGGACGAAACUGCUGAAACCAGAUUCGGUAGUGAUCACUGGGGAGUCAGAGCUACGUUCAAAGUGCUCGCUGAAUCACAAAUAGCCGAUACUACCGCUGAUAUAUUGAUCCCAAGUUCGCUAGCGACGCCGGCUAAUCUUUCUGAUAAACAUGACUUAGACUUGUGCCUGCGGGAACACUCGAUGGUGCCGACGAAGGAAGACAUUAGCAAAAGAACCGCCGUUCUGGAUCUUCUUCGGAAUGUCAUAAUCCAUGGCUCCGCGGCUCGAGUCGAGGAGAAUGGUCAUAGUGACAAUGAGCCAGACAUUGCCAUGGUCCUCGUCCCCGUCGGUUCCUAUGGCCUGGGUGUCUGGAGCCCAUCCUCCGACGUCGAUUGCCUAUCUAUUGGACCGAUUAGCUCUAAAAUCUUCUUUGCUAUUGCGGAGCAGCGACUACGAAGGGCCGCUGAUUCAGGUAUCAGGAUCUUGCGAAAAGUGAAAGCCGCCACAGGAACUAUGAUAGAGCUUGAGGUGAACGGGAUCAAGUGUGAUCUGCAUUACUGCCCUGCCGCCAGGGUUGUUGAAGGAUGGCAGAGAAUAUCGCUAUCGCCACCAGACGAUCCGAUAUUUGACUUAUCAUAUCAGGCGUUGACGAAACUUCAAGCAUUCAGAGAUCUCGAUUAUAUUCGGCGCAGCAUUCCAGACCUGGCAGCAUUCCGAAAAGCUCAUCGUUUCAUAACAGCAUGGGCAAAACAUCGUGGUGUCUACCUUUCCAGAUUUGGCUACCUUGGCGGAAUUCAUAUUACUAUGAUGCUUUCUAGAGUUUUCAAACUGUUCUGUGGUGAAGUAAGAGUAACCUCGACGGAUAUGAUUUACAGGUUCUUUCAAUAUUACGCGGACUUUGAUUGGGAGCAUGAAACCGUGUUCGACCCUUUCUUUUUUGAAAGUACGCCACGCUAUCGUCGGUAUGCCAACGAGCCGAUGGUUAUUCUCACAAUCAAUGUUCCGCUCAUCAACGUAGCGAGGGCAACUGCAGGUUCUGCUAGGACAAUAGUCGAGGAGCUACGACGAAUGGCGCAAUUAAUGUCAGAUCCAGACAUGACUUGGUCGAAACUUCUUAACAGCACGGUGUCAACAUUGGAGCCUUCAGAGGAGUUUUUAACGGCCUAUAGCAGCUAUAUUAAGAUUCAUGUCCAAUACUGGGGGAUCUCUCUGGCUAAAGGGAAGAUGCUUUUGGGUUGGCUUGAAUCAAGAUGUGUCCGCCUUUUAAAUGAUAUUGAUCGGAAGCUACCAAGCAUUUAUGCGAGAAUAUGGCCCGCGAGAUUUUCUUCAAAGGAUGCCAUGAGCGAUGAUUCAGAAUACCAAGGGUGCUAUUUGAUCGGCCUUACGAAAAGAGAGACCGAAAGAACUGAAGCUAUGACCAAGGAAGAGCGGAAACAAAGCCUGGACCUGAUGACGAGGGUUUUAGAGAAAUUCAAAACCCAAAUCCAAGAGGAAACAAAAUAUUUCGACCCUACGACGGCUUGGCUAGAUGUCACCCACGUCAAACAGUCUGAGCUUGACGCUCUUAAGCUCGAUGGGCGAGACUGGGGAGAAUGUAUUCCCACCGAAGAGCUAUCCGACUCGGAAGACGAAGAAGAGGAAAAUAUUGACAUCCAGGCCGAUGAAGUAGCUGCUGCCGUCGCCGCAGAGCGAGCGGCUCGCAAGUCCGGCUCGUCAAAAGCAGCAGCCACGGGCGUUCCAGGUGCAAAACUGCGGCCAGCAGCAGACAUCCUCAGCCGUCUUCGCUGGGAUCCGAACAUCGAUUCGGGUGAUUUUGUGGUGGGGUAUGAUGACCGGUUCCUAGGAAGUCUGGAGAUUCCGCUAGAUAAUUGGAAGACGGAGCAGACCGACGAGGAAUUUAUUCCACAGCAUAGGAUCCUGUACUUCAGGAGGAAGAGUGAUGGGGUGGUGAUUUGGGAUAGGGAGAGUAAGAAGGAUUUGGUCUUUGGGAGUGGAGUGAUGCCGGAAAAUCAGGAUGUCGGCUUUGCUUGAGCGGAAUGGCUUCGUUCUGGAGCAGUCGCUGAAGAAGAAAACCGGCCCAACUAGCCCUUUGCUCCGCUUGGCAGAAAGCUCAGCAGCUGGCAAUAUGUAGCAGGGUCUUAUCAAAAGCUGGAAGAGACAUGAUAAUCCGGAGUUUUCUUAGCAAGCGAAUCGGGUAUAUCCUAUACAAGUAGCAUGCUGUUGUCCUGUACAUUUUUCUGUAAAGCAAUCCAGAACUCCGUACUCCGUUUC